AUGUCUGGGUUUCUGUUUAAACUUAAACCAAAAAAGGCCGAAUCGAAAAACAAACUAGGAUUUCUGCUCGGGGGCCAGAAGAAAGAUGUACCGAAAAAGAAGAAUGCAUUUGCAAAUGAGUCUGACUCGGAAGAUGAGGAGAAUAAGAAAACAGUCAUCGAAUCUUUUGAUCCUAAGGCCGAGGCAAAAGCCAACAAAACAGAAUCUCUUGUCAUCAAACCGAGUUUUUUGAGCCGCAGGAUACCCACAAAACCAGAACUCCCACGAGAAAGGGCAGCGGAUGUCAUCGAAGCUUCUGGAGAUCUCGACAGCCAAGCGAGACUAGCAGUUAUGAAUGGGGUCACCAUAAGCAGCGGGCCUGUCAUCGAAACCCCAAACCCACGGGUAGGUGAUGCAGAAGAUAUGACUACUGAGUCUUACGAUGAGGUGCCAGUCGAAGAAUUUGGAAUGGCUCUUCUAAGAGGAAUGGGAUGGAAUGGAAAGCUGGCUGUCACCAAACCUCAGACAAAUACGGCAAAACGUAAGCAAGGUUUGCUUCUUGGAAUUGGAGCCAAAGCUUUGAAAGACGAAGAUUUGGCCCAAGAACUUCUCAGCUCCAAGGCCAAGUUCAGCGUUCCUUUGGUGAAAAAGAGCCUCGAAGAGAAGUAG